AUGGAUGGUUGUUACUCUGUAAGCAACUAUGUGUGUGACAAUGCAAAUACUUUCUUUGUUACUGUCCCACACAAAACCAAAAUCAAGCUAGGUAGGGCAGCAAAAUUUGAAGAAAUACUUGAUGAUGGAUUUCCUGUGUACUACUUCAAUUUUCUUGCAUAUGGUCAAUUAGGUGCAAGGCUUGAUAACCAUAAGACACUCACAGGAAAUUUGCAACUGAUAGCAACUCCAGCCUCAUAUAUUUACAUCAACCCCACUAUUCCCGAGGCUGCUGCAAUGGCUGCUGAGUUUGUCGAACGACAUAAUCAAAACCCUGUACUCAAGAUACAAUACCAAAAAAGUAAAGAUGUAGAAGUCGAAAAGAAAAGAAACAGGUUUCCAUUGGUAGACUUGCUAUCUCAAAACCCAAACCGUUAUGCAGGAGCUCAGUUCACUUGCAAAGCAUCUCUGGUUAGCAUAGAUGCAAGCAAGGGUUUUUUUAUCACAGCACACAUCGCAGAUGAGACCGCUCAAGCAAAGAUAGUAUUUUUUGAUGCUGCAGCUAGAAUGUUGUUCCAAACAGAUUGCAACACACUCAUUGAUCAUCAUGGAUACACUGAUCCGUACACAUUGCCUGCACCACUCACCAUUCUCAUAGGCCAGCCAAAAAUAAUUCAAUUCCGAUUCGCAAGAUUCUGUAGGCCGGGUGCUAAAGACUUUGUAGCAGAUGCUGUUUUUGAAGAUAUAGUUUCUCCAGAAAAAGAAAGUCACACAGAAACAGACAUUAUCAACCAACCAACUGCCUCAGCAUCAUAA